UACUUGUACUGUAGGGAUAAAUUUUAUCUGGACAAGGUCUCAGCUGUUUGGCUAUAAAAGGGCUUGAAGCUCACUAGAGCACUUAUGAGUGUCGAGCUGAAACAUAAAAGAGAGGAGGAUCGAUAUAUUCGUCACAAAGACUCUGGACAAAAUGGAGGGUAAGCUGAGCCGGACAGUCACCGAUGCUGUGGAUUUCAAAGGGUUCCCAGCAGAUAGGACUACAACCGGUGGGUGGGUUCCGGCGGCACUGAUCCUAGGGAUUGAACUCUGUGAGAGGCUUUCAACAAUGGGCAUAGCAGUAAACCUGGUGACAUAUUUGACUGGAACGAUGCAUCUGCCCAGUGCUACUUCAGCAAAUAUAGUAACGGAUUUCAUGGGCACUUCUUUCAUCCUGUGUUUGCUAGGAGGCUUUCUAGCAGACACUUUCCUGGGCAGAUACAAGACUAUUGCAAUUUUUGCCCUAAUCCAAACCCUUGGCACCGGAUCAUUGGCAAUUACAACAAAGCUACCGCAGCUACGUCCCCCUCCAUGUCACGGCCAAACCACAACCAACUGCGAACGGGCAAAUGGAUUCCAAACGGGAAUCCUAUAUCUAUCUCUAUACACAAUUGCACUGGGUACAGGGGGGCUGAAAUCGAGCGUAUCAGGAUUCGGAACAGAUCAGUUCGAUGACCAGGACGAGAAGGAGAAGACGCAGAAGGCGUAUUUCUUCAACAGGUUCUUCUUCUUCAUAAGCAUGGGAACUCUAAUGGCAGUCACAUUCCUUGUAUAUAUACAAGAUGAAGUUGGAAGAAGUUGGGCAUAUGGGAUAUGUUCUGUCUCGAUGUUCAUAGCCGUAUUGAUAUUCUUAUCGGGAACGAAAAGGUACAGGUAUAAGAAAAGCUUGGGCAGCCCUAUUAUUCAUAUUUUGCAAGUUGUUGUUGCGGCUAACAGGAAGAGGAAGAUGGAAACUCCAUAUGAUUUUGGCAUGCUGUAUGAGAAUUCUCCAGAGGAUUUGAGAAUCCAUCACACCGAUCAGUUCCGUUUCUUGGACAAGGCUGCCAUUGUUGCAGAAGGGGAUUUUGAAAGAAAUGCUUCAAGUCCAAAUCCAUGGAGGCUAUGCUCAGUUACAAGGGUGGAGGAAGUGAAAAUGGUGGCCAGGCUAAUGCCAGUGUGGGCUACAACCAUCAUAUUUUGGACAACAUACGCGCAGAUGAUCACUUUCUCAGUGGAACAAGCAUCCACCAUGGAAAGAUCAAUUGGGGGUUUCCAAAUCCCGGCGGGCUCCUUCACUGUCUUCUUUGUGGCAGCCAUUUUGAUCACUCUGGCUGUCUACGACCGUCUGGUCAUGCCUCUCUGGAAAAAAUCUAGCGGAAACCCAGGUUUUACCAAUUUACAAAGGAUUGCCAUAGGCCUCACCCUCUCCACGGUGGGAAUGGCGGCAGCAGCACUAGCUGAAACGAAGCGACUAUCGGUUGCCAAAGCCCUGGGCCCCCGCAACACAACCAACCUGCCUAUAAGCGCGUUCCUAUUGAUUCCACAAUUUUUCCUUGUGGGGUCUGGGGAAGCUUUCAUAUACACGGGGCAGCUCGAUUUCUUCAUAACUCAAUCACCCAAAGGCAUGAAAACUAUGAGCACCGGCCUGUUCCUCACCACUCUAUCGCUUGGUUUCUUCGUCAGUAGCUUCUUGGUCUCCGUGGUGAAAAGGGUGACCAGAAUCCAUGGUAGGCAGGGGUGGCUAGCGGAUAAUAUAAACUACGGGAGGCUCGAUUGUUUCUAUUGGCUUUUGGCCAUUCUUAGCUUCAUGAACUUUGUGAUAUAUCUUGCUUGUGCAAUGUGGUACAAGCCUGGGAAAACUAAACCUCGUAUAGAAAUGGAGAAAGUCAAUGGGAUUUGUGCCGAGGAGAAGUGCUAGGAGUAGUUGAUCAAUUGGGUUUUUCAAGCCAUUGUGUUCUCUUUUGUCGGGAAUAUGUGCAGUUAGAACUGGCUUGUGGGUUUUGGUUCUGUUUGUAUCAAUAGAGUGGCUUUUAACUCUUUUCUUGUUUCUUCACUACUAAUUGGUUGAAUUUUGUGCUUUGUUAACAAAA